AGAUAAUAAGCAAUUCCGUUUCUGAGCAGAGAGGAAGAUAACGAAAGGCGAUUCAUAGAAGAUGGUUCAGAGGCUCACUUACCGUAAGCGCCAUAGCUAUGCCACCAAAUCAAACCAGCACAGGGUCGUAAGAACUCCAGGAGGGAAGCUAGUUUAUCAAACCACAAAGAAGAGGGCUAGUGGUCCGAAAUGCCCUGUUACUGGAAAGAGGAUUCAAGGGAUUCCUCAUCUUAGACCUACAGAGUAUAAGAGGUCAAGGCUGUCUAGGAACAGGAGGACAGUAAACCGUGCUUAUGGAGGCGUUUUAUCUGGAGGGGCUGUUAGGGAAAGAAUUGUAAGAGCCUUUUUGGUGGAAGAACAAAAGAUUGUUAAAAAGGUUUUAAAGAUCCAGAAGGCCAAGGAAAAAGUUGCAGCCAAGAACUAGAUUGUGUGUAUUGGUUUAGUAUUCCAAGUAAAAUGUUAUUUGGGUUCUUUCGUUCAAACAUGUCUGGAUUUUAUUUUGAACACUUGUGUUGUCAAAGACUUGAUUCCUUUUAGUUGCUUUUAUUGAAAUCAUCAACCCUAAUUGGUUUA